GCUUUAUAAUUAAUUAAAUAGUUUUUGAUAUUAAAGUAAGGUGUAAAGAUUUUAAGCAUGAAUAUUAUUAAACCAACCAUUUUCACUUUAUUUGAAAGUGAUGAUAAGUUUUAGCAAUUUGUUUAAGAUAUCAUAAGUGAGUUUGUAAUGGAUAAGAAAAAACCAUUAGUUCUUAAGUAUGAAGAAAUACAAAAUUAUUCUCAAGUGCUAGAAACACACAAGUUUUUAUAAGAUUUAGGAAAUGUUAUUAUAGAUAAUACAAUUAAUUCAGCUAAAAAUCUUAAAAAGUUGAUUUUAAAAUGCGAUUUAGGAAUUACUGAAUAAAGAGUGAACAUUUUAGCAGAAAUAUUAUAUUAUAAUAUAUAAUCAAUUCAAAAGUAGUCAAUAUAAAGAUAAAUAGCCUUAAACUAGCUUGUGUUAGUUGAUUUUAAUUGGAAUAUAAAUGUAAGCAUUGCAGCAGAUAACCUAUCAAGAACUUAAAUUCCUUUACUAGUACUCCAACUCAUUCUAAAGAGAUAUGGUAGUGAAAAGGAAUAAAGAGUUAAUCUAGAGUUCUCUAAAGAAGAAUUAGAGGCAUUUUUGAAAAAAUUAAAUAAACUAAAAAAUGAUAUAUUUAAUUUAGAUAUUUAGCAAUGAGAAUUAGAUUUAUUUUUAUUCUUUGUAAAAAUUAUAUUUGCAUUAAAAAAGUAUUCAGUUUUUUAGAAAACUUUUAAAUUAUAAAUUCAGAAAAAAAUAUUUGU